GGCAAGUCAAUAUAUGUACCUCUGUACCCACUUCCUUUCACUCCAGUCUGUCACAGAAUCACAGAAUGUGUCACAGGUUGGAAGGGACCUCCAGAGAUCAUCUGGUCCAACCCCCCUGUUCAAGCGGGGUCACCUCAAGCAUGUUACAUGGGAUCAUGUCCAGACGGGUUUUGAGUAUCUCCAAAGCAGGAGACUCCACAACCUCUCUGAGCAGCCUGUUGCAGUGCUCCGUCAUCUGAACCGUAAAGAAGUUCUUCCUCAUAAGGCGAUGAAACCUCCUCCUCGUGGCUCUGUUUCGCUUGCUCAGAAAUCCAUUCUGAAACCCACCAGCUGAGUCGGGAACAAUUAUGAAUGUAAUAUGUCUAACUUAGCACAUCUACAGAACUCCAGCGCCUAACUCAGAAAUAAUUAUUUAAACUCAAGCAACAGGGCUUUGGUUGAAACACUGUGGGAAGCUCUUUCUGUUCUCUCCCCCUGCAGUGUAUUUCCAAGGACAUUUAGUAACUGUCAGCUGAACGCAAACACACAACAGAGGGUACCCCAACACAGACGGGCAGCAGAUUCUUCUGCGUCACCUUUCAGCCCAACCCUGAGCACCGAGUUGCUUUGUGAAUUCCAGGUAGGGCAUUGCAACUACAAACUUCUGAGUUCACUUGCUGAUUCUCUCUCUCUAGGUCCAAAAAUGUCCAUGUCGGAUUUCUCCCUUAAUUCCCCAUUCAGAAAGAAUGGGUUGGCCUAUUAGAGAGUCCUUCGAUAGUUUUGUUGGCCAAAGAGCUGUAGCCUGAAAGUCAGAAGCCUGCGUCAUACUACAGCAAGAAAGAACAUCCCCAAGGGUAAAUUACCUGACAUUUUGAUAUUUCUCUUACUUAUCAAAACCAACCAAACACACACAAAACCGCCAACAUGCAUAAGUGAAAGAAAACCAAGCACGGCGUGCCAGAGCUGGUCAAACACUUCUGCUGGUUAGCUCUAAGAGAGAAUUUGAAGUUAGCUAAGUAGUGGAGAAUAAAAGUGAAAAACUGAUGCUGUCUCUGAGGGCUCUUAGUAUCUACCACAAUGGUCCGCCCAAGAACUUGUCUCUAAGGACACCAAGUUCUUUCUGGGCAUGGUUAUGCACCAAGUUCUUUCUGGGCAUGAUUCUGCCCCGGGGAGUCUCUGGCCGGUCUUUUGGGGUAAGGAAAGCCGGGGUGCCAGCUUGGUUGUCUUGGUUUCCGUACGCCCAUAGAUGGAGACAGUACCCUGGCAACGGUGGACUGAUUAUGUGCCCAUAAUGCAGACAGGCAGGUUAAAAGGCAGCGCCUCUUCCUGCAGUCAUCACUUCUUGGAAGUGCAGUUGUGACGAACAAGGUAGGACAAGGCUUUUCUCCAAUGCAUACUGUGAACUGUUGAUCAAGCUUCACGUUUGUUAGCCAAAUGUGACCAGUGAAUAAGAGAAUGUUUAAAUUUGCCUUCCUUUUAACAGGCACGAGAUGAGUGCAGCAAUGUCACAGGAUGAAAACUCAACUGAGAAGACCCUAGCGGGCACGAUGGAGUCGCCUGACUUGACCCCACAGAGGGGCUCUGUCAAGCUCCUCAUGGAGAAAUGGGAGUCUGCCAGUGCUCCAAGACCCAACUUGGUGCUCCAGCUCCCACCAGCCCCACGGUCCCUGGCACGACAGAAAAGCUGCCAUGUCAGCACUGUGAAAAAAGUCCUGGCAGACAGCGGGAGCGUGGACAUGAUCAAGGAAGAGCCCCUGGGCGGCCCUCGCGAGAUUGAAACCUUCCCCAUUGCUAUGAAGGAGCUUCAGAGCCACUUUGAGAGCCUGGGUGGCACGAAGGGAGCAGAAAGUGAGGUGAGCUCACUGUCACCAACUCGGACUAGUCAGCCUGGGAGCAAUUCAGACAUAACGGAGUCCAGCGUUAAAAGGAGGAGGGCAAUCUUCGAGAUGUUCUCAGAAAACAGACAAAACAGCAAUGCUGAAGUUUCAGUGGGUGGUCGCAAACCUCUAGGAGGACUACCAGAAGAGAGCCCUCCCAAGACUGGCAACACACCGCUGGUCUUCCAGGAGAAUGUCUCCUUGAAGGAUAAACUGUCUCUUUAUCAGGCUGCAGCAUCCAAGGCAGAGAAGAGCAACUCCUUUGCUAAUAUUUCAGAGGAAAUCAAGUCCUGCACUGCGCCUGGUGGCCUGGCCGCAGUCAGGAGACAGUUUGAGAACGGGCAGACCACCUCUUCAAGGAUCACUGUUGCUCGUUCCCAGCACCAGCAGAAAUCUGCACAGGAGACCUCAAUUACCACUCAGCCCCUGGUAUCAACCAGCACCAGGGAAGCUGACUGCAGUGGAAUGGCUUCCAAAGAAAGCCCCGUGGACGCCUUUCAAACAGAAGAGGUUUCUCACGAGGAAAAGGUUACUCUGGAGACAAACGGAGACAAGGCUUCUACAGUGGUGCAGCACGCUGAUGAAACAGUUGUCAAUGCAACUAUGAAUGGGGAGGUCCCAAAGAUUUCUACACAGAUUUGUAAUAUGGAAAAGGCUCUUCACAAUGACAGGGAGGCUGCAACAUCUGUGCAAGAUGGAAAGUUUCUCAGAUGCACAGAAUCUGUCCGUUGGAGAAGUGAAAAUAAGUGUCAAAAAGUUGAAGGCUGUAUGGACCAGCCAUUUCUAGGGGCACAGAAGAUGGAAGUGCUAUGCCAGCCAAAAUAUACAAUGCCUUCAGCCGCUUCCAGAAUCAAAGCUAUUAAUGCAAUCAUCAAGAAUCAGCAACAUGCUGUAAGAUGUCCACAUCACCUUGGAGCUGGUGCACCAAUUCAGAAGUGUCGAAGAAGUGAAUUCUCUGCGGACCAGGUGCUCCCUAAGCCUCAGGAGCCACGGAAGGGAGAGCCAUUGCGCCAGCCUAAAAGGAAAAUCAAUUCCGCAGCUUCCAGGCUUAAGAUCACCAAUGAAAUCCACAAGAAUCAAAGAAAUACUCGAAGACGUCCAAACCAGCAAGAAGCUGCUUUACUGGCUGACAACGCGCAGUGGUUUGAAACCACAGAAUGCAAUGGAAAGAACAAAGAUGCAGCCCUCACAGGCUGUGUUGUGCAGCAAUGCACAACACGUUUCCAAUAAAAACCUGUAAUGACUUAAAACUAACAGACUUGUCUGAAUUUUUGCUGCCUGUCUCUCCUCCUAGGAGUCUCAGCAGUCUUCUACCAUCUUUCUUUGGCUAAGGCAUGUAGCUAAAGUGAUACUCCAAAUGUGUGCCUAACAAAUACUGAUGUGGAGGUUUAAAGCAUUUUUUGAAAGCUGUCCGAACGCUUUCCUUUACUGUCCUUCUUCACAUUUAGAAGACCCCAAUCUUCACUCUCUGCAGGCACCCUUUGUCUCUGGUAUUGGUGACCGUGGUCAGGACACCAGCUGUGCCCAAGGACAAGCUGGAAGGGAAGCACACUUCUGGAGCAGGAUGGUGACACAAGCGGUAUCUCAGCCUUCUGCUGCGAUGCAGCAGAUUGAACGUUUCAUUCACGCAAAUGCACGUUUCCUGGCAGUGCCGGGGCUGGCCUGGAAUCCAGACCUGGUCUGCUCAAGGUAGAGCCAUUAUCCUAAAGUGCUUUUAUUGAUCUGUUGACUUUCUCUCUUCCUCUUUCUCUUCCUCUCUUCACUCUGCCAGCCUCCUAAAGACUCAUAUCUUGUCUCAUGCAACCAAGCUAUUUUAAGGGGCAAACAACGAUUUUGAAGUCGGAUUAGACAAACUGUACCUGACCAAUGUGAAACCAGAUAUCUCCUGAAUGACAUCUGAAGUAGGAUCUGUCUCCA